AUGCGCGCGGGUGGUCGGAACGUGACAUCCUUCGCCUAUGACCUGCAUCGCUCGGUUCCUGCAGAUCGGUGGUGCGUCACCUAUUGGGAUCUCGUUUUUCUGGGCCAGGAGGUUUCGUCUGCCCUUGGCCGUGGCGAGAUUCAGCCUGGGCCAGAGGACGAUACAUCGCGGGCCUAUGGGCCCAGCAUUUACACGGUGAAUGAACAAUAUAUAAAGCCAGUGACAAAGGAGGAAGGCAUCUUUGAGUUUCUGGCCAAAGUGCAGCACAGUUGGCCAUGGGGUCUGCGAACGGCUUGGUGCUGUAUGUUGGCCAACCCGCAAAACCUGGACAUCUCAUUUUUUCUUCAGUCGCCCAAGACGUCGCCAUUUGCGAUUGCAUUGCAGGCGUCAGAAGUCAUGUUGGUGGUGCCAAACCGACACCAGAGCGUGUAUGCCCGACUUUGGUGUGCUUACGAGGCUUAUCUUGCCCAAGAAGAGGGCAAAACUAUCCUCAUUGCGCAUUCCUCCAACCUCCAUCAGGUGGUGCGCGCUUUGCGCUGGAUGGCGUUGGCUGCCAUCUUGGGUGCUGCUGUUGGCACCUGCGUGGCCAAUCAUGCCACCUUCAGCAUAUCCAACCUGGCCCACCUUCUCGUGGGGACGAGCCUCGUGAUCCACAACGAUGCCUUUCGGAGGGUCCUGCAUCUGCUGGGUGCAAUGAUGUGCUGGGUUCACGUGGUCCGCGUAGCGACGCAUCGCUCUGUGCAUUUGUUUGGUGUUGACGAGGGCCCACAUGCGCUGCCUAGUCACGUAUCCCGCAUGCUUUGCGCGUGCUAUUGGCUGAUGACUUCGGGGACCUUCUGCGUCAUGGAGGUGGACCGCGUCAAUGCGAAAUCGGCCGUGUCAGAAGCCAAAGACUUGCGACGGAAUUACCAAGGCUCCGUUCAGUAUGCAACGUGUUCGCAAGAAGCAGAUAUUGUCAGUAUUCGCCGAGAAAUUGGGCACAAUGUGCAUCGCGUGGACCAUGCCAUUCACGUACUGUUGACCGCUGGCAUGUCUACCCCAGCGCUAAGGGAUAUUGCUCGCUCGGUGGAUAUCGAACAUGCAGCAUUUGCGGAGCUGGCCGGGGCAGCGUUCUUGCUCGGACCUUUCGAAUUGGUGUCUGUCGUUUUGACCUUUGCAGACCUAGUCCACAGCAGAUGCAUCUGGGGUCAUGUCUUCCUCGCAGGCGUCUCUUUGCUGUCAAGGCUGAUGCUCUUUGUGUGGCUCGCCCGGAGCCACUGGGAUGAGCAGCGCUUCAUUCUAAAGGUUAUGAACAAGUACCUCUUUGUGUCAAUCCUCGUGUGGCUGGGUUUGAUGCUCAGCGUUCGCAUCGGGGGCUUGAGCAUGACCUCCUUGUACUUUCUGUGGCUUCUCACAACAGACCUCUGCCUGCUCUUCAUGCUGUCGAUUGCCCUCCUGGGGGUGCGGGGCUUGGCAAGGCUUCCCUGUGGUUGGCGAGUCCUACAGAUCCUUUUCAGCAGAGGUGACUAUGCGCGGAAUGCUUUGAAGGCCUGCGCAUGCAAUUCCUGCGAUUCCGAGCGGGAGCUGUCAGACGCGGAUCGCAGCAGCACCGGGUCCUCUGGCUCCGGCUGGUUCUCCCGCAGCGGCAGCGGGCUGUGA